GAGGAUGUGAGAGAAGCGUGAUCUCAUCAUACAUUCACCUCAUUUCUCCUGAUACCACUAGAGACCUCAAGUGGACGGCGAUAGCCUACUUAGACAACACGCACCUAACACACAUUCAUUUUUUCCUUUCCUUCUUCGAACAUGCAAAUGUAAGAUUUUCUAAGAAAAAUAAGGAAUGAUCUUUUCUGGAACAGUAUUCAGCUGCUUAUUUGUUGCGCUGAAGGAUCCAGCAGAUGCGACUCUGGGCUCGUGCGGACCACACAGUGAGUGCUUUGUGGAACUGUGGUGUUUUCUUUCUCUUAAGCUCUGUUAUUUUCAUUUUCCAUCUGCGAUUAAAAGAUGCAGAGGUUGCAGUAUUUAAAUAGCACCAGUAUGCCAAAACACAAUUAUGAAUGGAGCUACGAAUACUACGACGACGAAGAGCCCGUGUCUUUCGAGGAACUCAAAGCACAUAGAUAUUCCAUUGUGAUCGGAUUCUGGGUGGGUCUUGCAGUUUUUGUCAUUUUCAUGUUUUUUGUUCUGACUCUCCUGACCAAAACAGGAGCCCCACAUCCAGAGGCUGCCGAGACUUAUGAAAAACAGAUGCGGCUCAUCAGCUGUGCAGAGGGUCUGAGGAGUCAACGUGUGGCUGACGCCCGGUCGGGUCUCUCUCGCCCUUUACUGGAGGAGUCCCAGUCUCUUUUUCACUGUUACAUCAAUGAGGAGGCGCGAGAAGGGGGAAGGACUCUGAAUGAUGUUAAUAGUGCUGUCCAUGGACGUACGGGAAGAGGUGACUCCAGAGGGCAGGUGGAGACAAUUGGUCUAGUCGUUCAGAAUAUGGUCUUGGAGACUAGGGCGGAAAGAGAAGCUGCACUCCUGGCCCAUUUCAACAUUCCCAACUUUGUGAACUCUGAACUGAGCUCGGCCCUGGGGGAAGAAGACUUACUGUUGGGUGAUCCCCCAAUCAUAAUGGAGGAAGCCCGUCCUCGUUGUACACAUCACAUCAUUGACUGAAUUACCAUUUAGGAUGUUCGAAGAUGCCUUUAUUCACUCAUUAUUGCUCCAUUCAUUAUCUUCAACUAAGCCUUUGAUCUGGUGGAGACUGAUAGUGUUUUGCUUCAACACCUCCACAACUCACCUCCAAAAUGAGCUGUGUUGAAACACUGGGCUCAGAGUGCUUUAAGGCUGAGCUAUUAUUUCACUUUUGGGGUCUACAGUGAUUCUUUGUGUAAAAUGUUAGGUUAGGUCAGGCUGUCAGACUGCAAUAUCUAAAGAUCCAAAUGGGAUAUUGCAAAUAAUUUUUGACAGCUCUUCGUGGGCAGUGGAAAUAAUAUAUAUAUAAUUUUUUUAGAAACAGUCACAUGCCAUCGUCCUUAUGUAGCCUAAUAGCAAAAAUUGCACCAAUUUGGUAUUGCACUGCCUAGUUCUCUAGGCUUGUCAUGCGACCAAAUACGCAAGUAGAAAAUAGCUUAGAGCUGUCUGCACCUGUUGGCUGAAACAGUACCUUGCAUUCUUACUCCUCUUGAUUGCCUACAUCAGCUGCCUGAGUUGCUGUAGAAAUUUCUCUCCUGUUUUAUUGAACACCUGUAUGCCAAUAAAGUUAAGUUGAAAACA